CCUUCCCAUUAUCAUCUUCUGACACUAAAUAAACCUUAAAAGACAGACCCAAAAAUAAUUUUAGGGUUUUUCUUUUGGAUUUUAUCAUCGUCCAUGCAAACGAGCUAGUUUUAGGGCCGUGCUUCCCUGCCUCCCUCCCUCCCUCCUUCCCCCCCUCCCUUUCACAUGCCCUCAAUCUCCACAGUGAGGGUUUCAGUUAGGUGACGAGCCAUUUUCAUCUGUGGGUCUUGUCUUUGUUCUAAGCUGCAAUUAAACUGCAGUUUCCCAAGUAUGGUGCUUUUGGUGUUGGGUAUCAGCUGAAAGCGAUAAUAGUUGGAGCUCUCAGGGUCUAGUAGUAAGCGACGUUUGCUAAAAGUGUUUCUCUGUUCACUGCACCUGAGCAAAGAUCUUGAGUGUCUGCAAGCUGCUUGCUUCUUCUUCCUGCAGUUUUCGGCAUUUAGAAGAAAAAAGAGGGAUUUUGUUGCAUGCUGGGGAUAUUUGAACCGCCAAACCUGUUUGUUUUCUUCUUUUGGUGAAGCUAGUGAUAGCAUUCUGAUGUUGUUCUACGAGCUCCUGUUGGUGUUCCUGCUCUUUGCCCCGGCGACGGGGCAGCUUCCUUCUCAGGACAUUCUAUCGCUGCUUGAGUUCAAGAAGGGCAUAAAGCACGACCCCACGCGCUAUGUUCUCAGUUCUUGGAGCGAGGAGUCCAUCGACUUCAAUGGCUGCCCGUCCUCGUGGAAUGGGAUCGUGUGCAAUGGGGAAAAUGUAGCGGGAGUUGUCCUGGAUAAUCUUAACCUCACCGCUGAUGCUGACCUCAGCGUGUUCUCCAACCUCACGAUGCUUGUGAAGCUCUCGCUCGCGAACAACUCUAUAACAGGACAGAUUCCUGGCAACAUUGGAGACAUUGGACAGCUUGAGUUCCUCGAUCUGUCCAACAACUCAUUCUCUGGGCCAUUGCCCAGUGGUAUUGGGAAUUUGAAGAGCCUGCAGAAGCUCGAUUUAUCAGGGAACAAGUUCUCGGGCCCCAUUCCCCCCUCAGUAUCUGGCCUUGCCUCAGUUCAGUCCCUGGACCUGAGCCGCAAUGCCUUCUCAGGCUCGCUGCCAACUUCGUUGACUAAGCUGUCCAGCCUUGUUUACCUUAACCUAUCGUCUAACAAGUUUGGGAAGAAAAUCCCUAGAGGGUUCGAGCAGAUAAUGGGCCUCAAGAUUCUCGAUUUGCAUGGAAAUCUCUUCGACGGUGACAUAGAUGCAGAGUUCUUCCUUCUGUCUAAUGCUACAUAUAUUGAUUUCAGUGGAAACUUGAUAUCUACUUUGAGCUCGCAGCAGGAUAAAUUUUUGCCUGAAAUUUCUGAAAGCAUACUGUACUUAAAUCUGAGCCACAAUCAGCUGACAGGAUCAUUAGUCAGUGCUCAGAUGCAAGUUUUCGAGAACUUGCGGGUGUUGGACUUGAGCUACAAUCAGUUCUCUGGGGAAUUGCCUGGGUUCAAUUUUGUGUAUGGUCUCGAGAUCCUCAAGCUCAGCAAUAACAGAUUUUCUGGUUUUGUCCCAAGCAGCUUAUUAAAGGGGGAUUCUUUGGUUUUGACUGAGCUUGAUUUAAGCGGCAACAAUCUCUCAGGGUCGAUAAAUAUGAUCACUUCGACCACCUUGCGAGUUCUUAAUCUCUCCUCAAAUGGACUCACUGGAGAACUCCCAUUUCUGAGUGGAAGCUGCACCGUAAUGGACCUAUCAAAAAACCAGUUCAAAGGAAACUUGUCGAGGAUUAUAAAAUGGGGAAACAUUGAAUUUCUCGACCUCAGCCAUAACCGUCUGACAGGGCCCAUCCCUGAGGAAACUCCGCAGUUUGUGCGCUUGAAUCACCUCAACCUAUCAUAUAAUUCCUUUAGUGGGUCCCUCCCAAAAGUCUUAACCCAGUACCCAAAGCUCGGAGUUCUCGACCUGAGUUUCAACCAGCUAAAUGGUCCCCUCUUACAUGAUCUUCUUUCAGUUCCCACCUUGCGUGAACUCUACCUGCAUAACAAUGCUCUCACCGGCGCAGUGGGUUUACCUUCCACCACAUCUUCACCGGAACCCACUCUUAGAGUUCUCGACCUUUCCCACAAUAAGUUUGAUGGUUCCCUUCCCGACAAGAUUGGAUCAUUAUCUAGAUUGCAAGUACUGAAUCUUGCCGGAAAUAACCUCUCUGGUUCUCUACCACCUUCCAUGGCAGACUUUAACUCUCUGGCCUCCUUAGACAUAUCUCAGAACACCUUUACAGGUGCAAUCCCCAACAAUCUCCCCAGUACUCUCCAAAGCUUCAAUGCUUCGUAUAAUGAUCUCUCCGGUACUGUCCCUGAGAACUUGAGGAAGUUUCCUCGCGAAUCCUUCUUUCCAGGGAACGAACACCUUGAGCUCCCCAACAGCUCUCCAGGAUCAAGUAAUAGUCCUGGUGGAAAUUCUAAAAAGAGACCAAGCAGAACGGUCUUCAAAGUCGUGGUUAUUAUUGCUUGUGUCCUCGGUUUUCUUAUCCUCGUCCUAAUUGCCAUGUUUCUGCAUUAUAUUCGCAUAACAAGGAGACGGAAAACUGAGCCUGUUGCAAUCAAGGAUGCUAGGAGGCGUGCCCUGUCAAACCCCUCAUCCCAUGUCAGUGGUGGGGCCGGUAGUGGCGGAGCAUUACUCGUCUCGGCAGAGGAUCUUGUGGCAUCUCGCAAGGGAUCAUCGUCGCACGAGAUUGUUGGCCCUGAUGAGAAAUUGGCAGUGCCAGUGGUUUCGGGUUUCUCUCCAUCAAAGAAUAGCCAAACCUCGUGGUCCCCAGGGUCAGGGGACUCAUUGACCGCAGAGAACCUUUCAAGGCUCGAUGUGAGGUCCCCCGAUCGCAUGAUUGGAGAGCUUCACUUCCUCGAUGACUCAAUCAAUCUCACUCCCGAAGAGCUCUCUCGGGCCCCAGCUGAGGUCUUAGGGCGGAGUAGCCAUGGGACAUCUUACCGAGCCACGCUGGAUAACGGGGUGUUCUUAACUGUGAAGUGGCUUAGGGAAGGAGUGGCGAAGCAGAGGAAGGAAUUUGCAAAGGAAGCAAGGAAGUUUGCGAACAUAAGGCACCCCAAUGUGGUGUGCCUGAGGGGGUACUACUGGGGGCCCACACAGCAUGAGAAACUCAUCCUAUCGGAUUAUAUCUCACCAGGAAGCCUCGCGACCUUCCUCUAUGAUCGCCCGGGAAGGAAGGGGCCGCCCUUGACAUGGGCUCAGAGGCUCAAGAUAGCAGUUGAUGUUGCGCGGGGCCUCAAUUACCUCCACUUCGAUCGCACGGUCCCCCAUGGAAACCUCAAAUCUAUGAAUGUCCUUCUUGACGGGCCUGAUCUCAAUGCCCGGGUCUCUGAUUACUGCCUCCAUCGCCUGAUGACCCAGGCGGGGACCAUAGAACAAAUCCUCGAUGCCGGGGUCCUCGGCUACCGAGCUCCUGAACUUGCUGCCUCCAAGAAGCCCUUGCCCUCUUUCAAGUCGGAUGUUUACGCAUUCGGGGUAAUCCUGCUGGAGAUUUUGACAGGUAGGUGCGCAGGGGAUGUGAUAUCCGGGGGAGGUGGCGGUGUAGACCUGACAGACUGGGUCCGCCUCAGAGUGGCUGAGGGGCGAGGGUCUGAGUGCUUCGACCCGGUUCUCUUGCCUGAAAUGGCAAACCCUGUCACAGAUAAAGGGAUGAAGGAGGUGCUGGGGAUCGCACUUAGGUGUAUAAGGUCAGUCUCGGAGCGGCCAGGGAUCAAGACCAUAUACGAGGAUCUCUCGUCCGUAUAGGUGUCGAGAAAGUUCGACUUGUCUAGGUAGAGGAUUUUGUGCUUGGUUGCCUUAUGUUCGGGUGGUGGGAUCUGAAUAUCUCAUUUGUUUCCCCCUCUUCGAAAGAUUGGUGAUUUUUGCUGGGGCUGUAGCGUUAGAUUAGAUCCUUGUAUUUACGGGCUCGUAAUGAACUAACUGAAUUGAAAGCUGAGCAUCAGGUGCCCUGAUUAUGCUGCUAAAACAAAGCUGCAAUUUGUGGAAUUAUCUCCGACUAAUUUCUAGCAGAUUUGAGGGGUUUGUUGAUUCCUUUCAAGAGUUAUGAUGCUCUUUAGCAG